AUAACUUGUUGAGGUUGAGGUAGAUUAGCUACCCAGCAUACAACUGUUGCUGUAAUCCGCUCUGAGAGGAUAGACUUAGGACAACUAGCAGUCUGGCACUACACUGCCAUAUUGUUUGUUAUUUUGUCAUAAAUAAAGAAAUCUAUUAUUGAGUUAUGCUUUUUUAGUUUUUCAGUGUGAAAACGACAUUAUUGCUAUUUUUACGUUAAUAUAACCUGUAAUACAUUGAACCGACGAUGAAGGACCGACUGGAACAACUAAAAGCGAAGUCUGAUCAAACACCUGAUGAUGUGGAAAUUCCAGUGGAAAAUAAAGAGUUUAUGGAUGAGUUUUUCACACAGAUUGAGGAAAUUCGAAGCAGUAUAGACAAGAUUGAUGAGAAUGUGAAUGAGAUAAAGCGACUAUAUUCCGUCAUCCUCUCUGCACCUACAUCAGAGCAGAGGACACAGGAUGAGUUGGAAGCAGUUACCAAUGAAAUAAAGAAACUGGCCAACAAUGCUCGCAACAAACUCAAAAGCAUUGAGCAGAGUUUGGCAGCUAACACAGAGGAGAGAAUUUCGGCAGACGUACGAAUAAAGAAAUCUCAGCAUGCCAUUCUUGCUAAGAAGUUUGUGGAGGUGAUGACCAAAUACAAUGAAGCACAACUGGAGUUUAGAGAGAAGAGCAAAGGACGUAUCCAGAGACAGCUAGAGAUAACUGGCAAAUCCACUACUGAUGAGGAACUGGAAGAAAUGCUGGAUGGAGGGAAUGCUGCAGUAUUCACAGCAGGGAUAAUGGACUCUGGGAUUUCAAAGCAAGCACUAAGUGAGAUUGAGGCACGACACAAAGAUAUUAUGCGACUGGAGAGCAGCAUAAAGGAGUUGCAUGACAUGUUUGUGGACAUCGCAGUGCUUGUAGAGAAUCAGGGAAGCAUGAUAGACAGGAUUGAGAGUAACAUGGACCAAUCGGUGGGCUUUGUGGAAAGAGCGGUUGCUGACACUAAAAAGGCUGCCAAGUUCCAACAGGAAGCACGCAGGAAAAAGAUGAUGAUCAUAGUGUGUUGCACGAUUCUUGCGGUCAUCUGUGGUUCUCUGGUGUAUAGCUGGCUGACAUAAGCUUUCUGCAAGGUGAAGAAGCUGUGAUCCACCAGAAGAAGCCGAUGAGCCAUGUUUACUGUGCUUCUGUGUCCCGAUUCCAGAAAUUUAUAUAUAUUUAUAUAUUUGUUCAUUCUAUCUUCAAUUUAACUGGCCUUGCACUUAUAGAUGCAUUAUAAUAAAAUGUGACGUACUAGCUACCUUGAAUUUUAUAUAAAGUUCUGUUGUGAAUGUAUAUUUACAGUCAACUUGAUUCAGGGAAGUUAUUUAUAACAUAAUAAGAGGCUGAUGAUUUUGUUUUAGAUGCCUCAGUUUUGUAACUGACAAGGGGACCCUAGACUUUUAAUAUUUUGUGUGCAUUAUUUGCAAAAUAUAAUGUUUAGAGGAUAAUAGGGAUUCAUUAUUUAUCAUUUGUUUAUAUACCACUGUGGAGUAGCACAUAGUUGAUUGUAUUUCCAAAGUUUAGUUGAUAUUUUUUACUUGUGUAAGUGGUAAGUAUAGAGUUGCAUAUUUUUAAAGUAAUUGAAUUUAUAUAGGCCUGUGAAUACAUGUGAUUCAAAACUGAUUCGUAUUAUUAUUAUCUAGUCUUAUUAUUUCAUUUAGACUUAUAAAUUCAUUUGUAUUAUCUAUGCAAAGAACAACUAUACAGUAGUAUACAGAAAUUAUAUGUAUUGAGUAUGCAGACUAUUAAAACAUUAAGCAAAAACUUUUUACUUUUUUAUUGACAAUGAAUAACACUUGUCUUUGCUCCUAAACAUUUGUUCUUUUAUAAGUAAUGUUUCCCCAAAAUAAAAUAAAAACGUUGUACAAGAAAGCUAAUUAUUAUAACUUUCAUUGAUAAUAAUAAUACAU